CCGUACACAGAAGUCGACACCUUCAAAAGCGCACGCAAGACGCGCACCACCCAUCGUACCGACUACCACCUCGCCUACAUACUGUCCCCACUUUUGCCUCGAUCCAUUUAGUCAGAUACCACUUCAUACACACUUGUCCAUUUCUUCCAUCAAGCUUCAGCAUCCCUCCCUAUCAUUGGUCGGCGCCUUCAAGUAGCCACGAUCAAUCACGGACCCCAUUCAUUCGUUUCUCAUUCGCAACUCAAACUGCUUGGUAAUCGCGGACAUACAUCCCUCAGCGUCAGAGGAUACCCGGCGAUUCACUCGCAUUGACGCACCAUGCCCUUGACUCGCCAGCAAGCGGCCGACCUAGUUCAGGACCACCCGCACUCGCAUGCGCAUUCGCAGCCACAAGGCUUCGUCUCGCAGCAGCAGCUCGUCGACAGCUCACAGAUGCCCUUCGACGGCCAGCACAGCGGUUCGCCGGCCUGGCCGCAGGCGCACGACGGCCUGGACCUCUAUCAGCAUUCGCAGCAGCAGCAGCAGCAGCAGCAGCAGCAGCAGCAGCAGCAGCAUCGUCUGCAGCAGCACCAUCCUCAUGUCCAGCAGACACCGCGUCAAGACGUCUUCGUCUCACCGAUGGGAUCCCAAACCGACAUGCCGACGAUGCCAAACUUUAGUACAUCGGCCAGCAACGAUGGCGGGUCGGCCUUCUACGGAGAGAUGAACGCUCACCCUGCCACGGCCUCCCCACACGAUGUGAUGGGUCACGGCAAUAGCGCGAUUCACAUGACUCCAAGCCCUGGACAUGAGCUCGGCCAGCAGCCACCUCACUCUGCCGGCGCAGCUUUGGGCCUUGGUCUCACCUCAAAUGGCCGUCAGCUGCCUUCUGCGCACCACCGCCAUUCGAGCCUCGGCCAGAUGGGCGCCCUCGCGCAAGCUCAGCGCCAGUCUCCGUAUACUCCCAUGCGAAUGGGCCCCUCCUCGCCGUUACCCGGCGUGGCACCUGGCCGAAUCACUCGCACCGGAACCACGCCCAACAUGGCCAACAUGGCCAUAUCCACCAAUAGCAGCGCCUUUGCGCAGAGCGUUCGGUCCUCCUCGCCAGGCGGCACCAGCUCCGCAGGGGCCUCUACCUCCUUCAACUCGCCCGUCAGUUUUACGGGCGCACAAGGUUUCUCACCUGUCGGCUCAUCCACCGCAACCAGCGACUCGAUGCGCUACGUCUCUGGCGGUACGUCUUCGUCAAUGGACUCGCGAGACACGUCCAUGGACAGCUUCAACGACUCGCGGGCUUCGUCCCUCUCUGCGUCUCUCUCCGAGGAGUGGCUCUCGGUCGACAGUCGCGGCGUGGCAAAGUCAAGCGGCAAGAAGAAGGUCAAGCUGCUCAACAUCGAUCGCAAGCGCAUCUGCGAGCAGCACGAGGCCAAUCCGAAGCUGAAGCAGGAGGACCUUGCAAAUCUUUUCGGCGUCGAGCGCAGCACGGUGAGCAAAGUGCUCAAGGACAAGGAGCGUUGGCUCGCCGUCGAAGAGGGCAGCGUCGACUCCAAGAUUGUCAAGCAUCGCCAAGCCCGCUUCCCCGAGCUCGAGCGACAGCUCAGCAUGUGGGCUCACUCGGCGCAGGCUGCUGGCCAGACGCUCACCGACACAUCAAUCAAGAAUCGCGCCCUCGAAAUCGCUAAAGCCAUUGGCGGGCCCACUGAGAAGUUCAAAGCCUCGGGCGGCUGGGUGGACAAGUUUAGAACGAGGAGCGGGCUUCGCAAGCAGAUUCCAGGAAGCAGCAGUCAAGAGAUGAUCAUGAGCUCGCCAUUUGAUGGCGCCCCGACUUCGUCAUUGCCAUCAACGCUCUCGAGUACCUUCUCUUCUACGGCGCCAGACUACAUGAUGCCACGCUUUUGCCACUCGAUGCCCACUACCUCGCACGGUCGCCUCGAGGCGGCUCCCAUGCCACCAGCAACAAUGGCGGCCAUGCCUACCGUACGCCCUGCCUCUCCGCCCAUGGACAGUAGCAACAAUGCCAUGCUCUCCUCGGACAGCGACAUUGCCAUGGGCAUUCGCACCACACCCACCUCGAAGCAAAAGCGCCAUUACGAUGCCAUUGCUCCCGAUCAACGGACGGCCGCUGCCGCAGCGUCGUCAUCUCUGUCCUCCUUUGACCAUGAUCACGACUCACAAAACAGCGGAGGCAGCAUCGGCUAUGAGAUGCACCACGAGUCCAAGAGAAGGCGAGGCAGUGUCAACAACGAGGAUGAUGGUAAUGGGCUGGGCUCCCCUUUUCCUGAGAUGGUCAGGGCUUCUCGACAGCAGCAUCAUCAACAGCACAGGCAGCACGGCCUCGGAGGAGCGGGUUCGCAAGAAGGUCUGGCAGCACGCUUCAUGGGAGUGAGCGCCGAUUUUCCUUCGUCCUCUCCCGAGCAACCAGUCGCGCCUACCGUUGGCGGUAGCGUUGAGCAGCACCAUCUCCAGCAGCAUCAUGGCCAGGGAUGGCGUCCCUCUCCUACUUCCCCACUGAGGCCACUUCGCCUCUCCGAUCUGGGACGCAGCAACACCUCGCCUGGCUUCGGCCACCAACAAGGCAGCGUGGCCCGCAAAGCGUCCAACUCCGGCAUCGGCGACGAUAGUGGCUUUGGAGACAUGAGCCACGACUCCCUCCUCGCAAGCAGUGGGCUUGACCCCUCAACUUCAUCGCAGGCUAUGCAGCAUACGCGCAGCCUCGGAUCAGGAGGAGCGGCAGUAGCAGGAGCAGAAGGUCUUCGUCGCAUGAGCCCUCGUUCCACCGCCAUACGUCGUAUGAUGCUCGAGACCAAUACUCGCACCGACGCUGGCGACCCUGGCAGCGCUGGAUCUCCCCAAUCUCGCUCUCCAGCCACCCGGAUUCUCGACGGUAGCGGUCAUGCUCACUCCAGCAGCAUUGGCAGCAGCCACGCCAGCGGUGGGAGUGGCGGCGGUGGCGGGCACGGUGGUCUUGACGGCGAGGAUGCCGUCUCCCUUGAUCAAGCUCGGCAAUCCUUGGAUGUGGUGCUGCAAUUUUUGAACGAGUCGGAGAACGACAUAAUCCCUCGUUCCCACUUCUUGACCCUAGGAAGUCUGCACGGGAGCUUGGCUGCUGCCGCAGAGCAUCGGGGCCCGCUUCCCAUGGCGAUGCAGGUAAUGCAGGCGUCUCAGCAGCAGCACCAGCAGGGGCAUCAGCUCCAAGGCCAGCCUUAUGCUCAGCCGCAUGAGCAUCACCAACAGCAGCAGCAUCAUCAUCAUCAUUGCUGAUGCGACCGACGCUCAAGAGCCUACGUCACUCUUCUGCCCCACCUAACCACGUUCCUUUUCCUAUCUAUUCGCUCCCCACCUCAAGCCCCUCUCAGCCCCCGCUCUCCCACACCCUGCCGCGAAAGA